AUGGAUAGUUCGUCAUUUCUACUGCGUUUUGUUCGUCUUUCACCGUUUCCGAAACCCGCAAUACGUGAAACAAAUUACACAAAGCUCAAAAUUGAAGGGGAGCAGAAAAUAAAGAAAAUGGUGGAAGGGACUAUGUCUCUUGAUGCUGUUAUAAAGGAAGCUGUUGAUUUGGAGAACAUUCCUAUUGAGGAGGUAUUUGAUAAUCUAAAAUGCACAAAAGAAGGUUUAACCUCUGAGGAAGUACAAGAGAGGCUUGACAUGUUUGGAUACAAUAAACUUGAAGAAAAAAAGGAAAGUAAAAUACUGAAGUUUUUAGGGUUUAUGUGGAAUCCUUUGUCAUGGGUUAUGGAAGCUGCUGCUCUCAUGGCCAUUGCUAUGGCACAUGGAGGGGUAAGUCUCUUCCUUUUUUUGUUUGUUUUGUUAUUUCUCAAUGUUACAAAUGUUAUUCAUUUUACAAAAGGAUUAUGGAAUACAUACAAGAAAGAUUUUGGUGGUAGAAGUUUGUUAAGGUGA